AUGCGUGUGUUUGUUACUGGUGCGACAGGAUUUAUUGGUUCUGAAAUUGUGAGGCAGCUUCUUGCAGGUGGACAUGAAGUGAUCGGUUUAGUACGUUCAGAGGAAAAGGCUGCCAAACUGAAGGCAGCUGGAGCGAUUCCCCAUUUUGGUUCACUGGAGGAUUUGGAUAGCCUAAAGACUGGAGCAGCACAGUCAGACGGCGUUAUCCAUACGGCUUUUAAUCAUGACUUUAUUCAUGACUUUAGCAAAUAUCCAAAGUCUUGUGAGGCCGACUGUCGUGUAAUUGAAACAAUUGGUGAAGUUUUAAAAGGGUCUAAUCGUCCUUUCGUUACGACUUCUGGUACUGCAGUGCUUCCUUCUACUGGUACGUUAGGCACAGAGGUAACCGAAAUUCCUCAGUCGUCCAUCUCACGUCAUCUAGGAGAGAAUGCAACUUUGAAACUGGCCUCUCAAGGUGUACGUUCCUCAGUUGUUCGCCUUGCACCAAGUGUUCACGGACCUGGCGAUUAUGCAUUCAUACCAAUGAUUAUCAGUAUAGCAAAGGCCAAGGGUGAGUCUGUUUAUGUUGAACAAGGUUCGAAUCGUUGGCCUUCCGUUCACAGACAAGAUGCUGCGAAUCUGUUUAUUUUGGCUCUUGAAAAAGGAACGCCUGGCUCCAUUUUUCAUGGUGUUGCCGAGGAAGGGAUUCCUACCAAAGAUAUUGCAACGUUGAUUGGCAAACGACUCAAUGUACCUGUAGUCUCUAAGUCAUCUGAAGAAGCGAAAAAACAAUUUGGAUUUCUUUCCUACUUUUUAUCUUCUGAUAACCCAACUUCAAGUGCCUUGACGCGACAGCUUUUAGGCUGGAAACCUUCUCAUCCCACACUUUUGGAUGAUCUGGCCAGUGAUGCGUACUUUUGA